UGGUGGGAGGUAUGUUGCUGCGCUGCGCCGUCAAUGAUCAACGCGAGGUUCAACUUUGGUAGCUACGAUCGUCUUGGCGCGGGGACCUUCCUCGCGAGUACUCAACGCUAGCCGGGUACAGUCACUAGCGCGCUGGAUUGCGUCAGGCCUUGGCUCUGCGACUGCUUGAUGUCUCAACAACCACCACGACCGGAGACAAUCAAAAGACAAUUUUGCUUCACAGAUCGCUGACACUCGUUUGGAGAGACACACAGUCGAUUUCAGCUAACACUGGCCGUCCAAGCUGCGGAUACACAUCGCCCCACCUCGACCACCACCAUGGCUGAGCCACAAGGCCAGACACAGAAGGAAAAGGAGGAGCACCCACUCUUGGCAGCACGCCCGCCGGCCACUGAUCCCAUCACAUAUCUCACGAUCGUGGAGUACAACCUCACAGAAGAGAAUCUGCCAGUCCUACACCAAGUCCUCCAGGAUCCUGAGCUGACAGCUAACAUCGGCUGGGACCUGAUACACCUGCUGCUGCCUCUUCUCCCAGCAUCCGAGGAGUGUUUGCAGGAUAUUGCAACCAAGGGUAAUCCAAGAGAAUGUGUGUUGAAAGUCACAGAAGCACUGCGGCUACUUCAGUUUGAGGAGCCUCGCGAAGACACGGAUGACGAGGAAGAGGAGGCUGGCGAGGAAGGUGGGGUGAAGCUAAAAGUCCCAGAUGUCGGAGUGGGAGAAUCGAGCACCAGCCCAGCUUUUACACGCACAGUUCUACCGCCGUUGCCGGUGCUCAAGUUUGAAAUUCUUCUCAACUUGCUGGCUACGCUGCACAGAAGGGUCAAGACAAAGUUCCCAAGCCGUUUCCUAUCGACCAGUCUGCAAGCUGUCCUUGUUGCAUUUAAUAGGGCCACAUCGCAUCAGGAGGAGCUCACGCUGGCUGGGAUUAAGCUUGUCAAGACACUUUCAGGGACUAAGAGACCACUGCUACCGUCCAGGCGCAGCAGCGGCAACCUACUAAGCCGGACGAACACGAACGAGAGCCAGGCCGAUCCAGAAGCCCAAAGUGAAGCGCCAAAUGUCGAUGAGACGACGCUCGUCAACCGUCUUCUCCAGUCGUUCAUCACGCACAUCCUCGAGGACUACGUGCUCUCGCUGACUUCAGACGAUGAUGUCCCAGGUCUUUCGUGGGCCAGCAGAUUGAUGGAGAAGUAUGAGCCGUUAAGAGUUCCAAACAAGCCAAACUAUCAGAAGUAUGCAGAUCGCUUCGCUGAGGACGAGGAUCUGAGAUCAAGAACUGCUAUUCUUGGGCAAGUCGUCGCAUUGGCGCAAGACUUGGGGUUGAAGACGGAAGAAUUGAUCUCGGCUGUCCUAGAUUCGGAGGUGGAGAAGAGGGGCGUACCAGGUACAGAGGAUGAACCGCCUGCUACUGCUGCCGACAUACCCCUAUCCAGGACCGGAGCGCUCAUACUGUACACUGCGCGGAACGUGAAGCAGGAGCUAUACGCAGCGGCUCAGGGCGACGACAGGUCUUCAUUCUCGAUCUUCCCAGAUCACGCAACAAUACUCAAGAACUUCGUUGGCAUCCUUGGCCCGCAAACAGUUGGUCUUGAACCUGAGGCUUUGCUAGAUACCAUUCUCGCCCUCGGUCUGAUUGCUCUGGAUAACAACAAUGUUGGCGAACCGCAAGACGACGAGUCUUUCGCACAAUAUCUCCAGACCGUAUCACUCAUCUCCGCCAACAACCCUUCGCCCAGUCUCCGAGGUCAUGCUCACUAUCUCACCACAACGAUUCUGCGCUCCCAUCCCCACGACCUGGUCCGCCUCACGUUCAUCCGCGACACACUUGAGCACUGUCCGUACGAGAAUCUCAAAGCAAGUGCCGUAUCCUGGCUUAAGGGCGAAACCCUCGAAGCCAACGGGCCGCACGCCGACACAGACGACGAUGCACAAACAUCCAUCUUCGCGACCCCUGUCGCACUACAGACCGUCGCACCCUACCUCUGGCCUGAUCUCAGCACCCACUACGCCUCCCUGAGCAUCGAAGUGAGCGACUCCUGGAUGCAAUUUAGGCAAGAGCUUGGUUUCUACGUCGCUGCGCUCAACUUCUACUACCUCCUUCUGCAGGCGCGGCAUCUGCAUGAGUCGCUGGCGGUUAAGAGUCUGGAUGUUAUGCAGUAUGUUGGCCCGUUGAAGGAUGUUGCUGCGAGGUUUAAAAAGGAGCUGGCGGAGGGAGGAGAGCUAAGUGCUGUCGUUGAGGAGGGCGAGGCGAGGGAGCAGGCGCUUGCUGAUGUCGGGUUGCUGCAGAAGGUCAUCGAGUGGGUUGAGGGCCAGGAAUCGUGUUCGGGAGCAGAGCGCCGUGCUUGAGUAGGUGGUGCAGAAUCUAGGCUGAGUCGUAGUAUCCAGAAAUUGCUAUAAGUCAAUAACUAUACCAACCAACCCGGCGACUUCUAAUUACCCCAGGGUUUGUAGUG